CGCGGCAAACAUCGCAGAGAACAUCCAGCUCGGAGAGCUCUAUUGCAGGCAUGUCUCUGCUGAUAUUCUUGACUGGAAUAGUGUUUAUAUUUCUCUACGUGCUUCCGGGAACUCAUUCUUGGGGUAAGGAAGGACACUACAUCACAUGCAAAAUAGCAGAGGGGCUAUUGUCUAGAGAAGCUUCCGAAGCUGUGAAAUCACUGCUUCCAGAAUAUGCUAAUGGUGAUCUGGCUUCUGUUUGCUCUUGGCCAGAUGAAGUAAGUCACCGAGCUGGAUGGAGGUGGAGUAGUCCUUUGCAUUAUGUUGACACACCUGACUUUCGAUGCAACUAUGAUUAUUGUCGUGAUUGCCAUGACUUUGCCAGAAGCAGAAAUAGAUGUGUAACUGGAGCAAUCUAUAACUAUUCAGCACAGUUAUCAACUUAUAAGAAUUCUAAGUUUACUGACCAAUAUAAUCUCACAGAGGCUCUCUUGUUCCUAUCUCAUUUUGUGGGAGACAUCCAUCAGCCAUUGCAUUGUGGUUUCCUUGGAGACGAAGGUGGGAACACAAUAAUACUUCACUGGUAUCGCCGCAAGAGCAAUUUACACCAUGUAUGGGAUACCUUGAUCAUAGAGACAGCCCUGAAAAAGUACAACAUGGAUCUGUCAAUGAUGAUAGAAGACAUCCGGACAAGCAUACUGGAAGACUGGCCCAGUGAUGUGCCAGCAUGGGAAAGUUGUGGAGUAAAUCAGACUGUGUGCCCAAACUGGUAUGCUGCAGAGAGCAUCAGCGUAGCAUGCAAAUUUGUAUACAAGAAUGCCUCACCGGGAAGCACUCUUGGAGAUGAUUACUUCUUCACUCGCAUGCCUCACGUACGGAAAAGGCUGGCCCAAGGUGGUGUCCGUCUUGCCGCCACCCUAAAUCGCAUUUUCCUCGGCGGGUACUCUCUCCUCUACCACCUAACUGAUGACAUAUUUCCAGAGUGCAGUUCAAACACCAUUUGUGAUAGAGAAAACCAAAGUGCAUGUUAAGCAGCAAAGCUAAUCAGGAGCUAUAUAGCUCCUCGUUAUUCAAACAUCACAGUAGACUUGUUUUAUACCUCUUGUUGGUGUAAUUACUAUUAGAGUAACUAAUAGAUUUAGAUCGGUUAAUUUAAAAAAUAUAAAUUUAAAUAUAUAGGCAUGUGUUUUUCAUUCAGUUAGCCUAAGAUUUUAGAUUAAAUUAGACCCAUGUUUAAUAUGUUAAGCUCUAACAAUAUUA